GGCGCAUGCGUGGCCGCGUUUGUGCGCAGACUCAGUGAAGGAUUCCUGGGGGGGGGGGGAGAAAAAUGGUGGUUAGCGUGUAAAUUGGAACAGCGCUGUAAAGAGAGAGAGGGGGAAACGGAGAUAUAAUUAUAUAUAAUAUCCCCUGCAAUAGAAGAGUGGAGAGAACUGGCCUUGAAGAUACUUUCCGUCAGCAUCAGGAUAAGGACACGGAAGGAAGAAACCAUUUAAGCGGUUGGAAACGAUUUGCACAGUUUCAUUGGUGAAGUUGAAUAUCCUGUGCAUACUGGAGAUGUCUCGCAGCCCUGACAUGAAGGAGGACCCUGUCGAAUGCCCACUCUGUAUGGAGCCUCUUGAAAUUGAUGACAUCAACUUCUUCCCUUGCACAUGUGGUUACCAGAUCUGUCGUUUCUGUUGGCACCGUAUACGCACAGAUGAGAACGGCCUAUGUCCAGCAUGCAGAAAACCUUACCCUGAAGACCCUGCUGUCUACAAACCACUCUCUCAAGAGGAGCUACAAAGGAUAAAAAAUGAGAAGAAACAGAAACAGAAUGAGCGGAAACAAAAAAUCUCAGAAAACCGCAAGCAUUUGGCUAGUGUGCGUGUUGUACAGAAGAAUCUAGUUUUUGUGGUUGGUCUAUCACAACGGCUAGCAGAUCCAGAGGUUUUAAAACGGCCAGAAUAUUUUGGGAAGUUUGGUAAAAUACAUAAAGUUGUCAUCAACAACAGUACAUCAUAUGCAGGUUCACAGGGUCCCAGUGCUAGUGCUUAUGUAACCUACAUACGGUCUGAAGACGCACUAAGAGCAAUACAGUGUGUAAAUAAUGUGGUGGUGGAUGGCAGGACACUUAAGGCAUCUUUAGGCACAACAAAAUAUUGCAGUUAUUUCCUAAAGAACAUGCAAUGUCCUAAACCAGAUUGUAUGUACUUGCAUGAACUAGGGGAUGAAGCAGCCAGCUUUACGAAAGAAGAGAUGCAAGCAGGGAAACAUCAAGAAUAUGAACAGAAGCUGCUCCAAGAACUUUAUAAAAUGAAUCCCAACUUUUUACACCAGUCGUCCAGCACAGUCGACAAAAAUAAGAACAAAAUAGUUACACAGCAGAGGUAUGAUGCGCCAGUGGAUAAACCACCUGAAGCACUCAGUUUAGGAAAUGGUGAUAAUUUACAACAGAUCCCUCCAAGUGAAACACCGUCGCCACCGCCAGGUUUAACAAAACCCAACCCAGUUGUCCCAAUUAGUUCAUCCAAUCACAAUGCGCGGUCUCCUUUUGAAGGCGCUGCAGCAGAAUCCCAGUCCCUCUUUUCAGAUAACAGUAACUUCAGACACCCCAACCCUCUCCCCAACAGCCUGCUAUAUCCCACUUCAUCGCCAUCAACACACGACUGGCCAACAGCACCAGAACCACAGAGUCUUUUCACAUCAGAUGUACUUUAUAAAAUGAGGUCCAAUCCAAGUUUACACCCAUGCAGAGUUGCAGAAACAAUCCCCGUAUCUUCAUCAACAGACUGGCAAGCAGCUUUUGGGUUUGGUUCCUCCAAACAGCAAGAGGAUGACCUGGGUUUCGACCCGUUCGACAUCACCAGGAAAGCCUUAGCAGACCUGAUAGAGAAGGAACUCUCAGUCCAGGACCAACCUUCCAACGUGGGCCUCAAUUCCCCCAGCGCACUACAGACCCCAUCGCAGACUGCAAACAAAGGCAUUGGUGGCUUCUUGACACCAGGUUCUGCCAAUACAGCCAAUUCCAUUGGCAACUCUUUUCCCAACUCUGUAUUACCACGGAGGUUCCCAGCUUUUCAGCACAGAGCCGUCUACAACUCGUUCAGUUUUCCAGGUCAGGCACGGUACCCAUGGAUGGCAUACCCCCAAAAUAGCAUGAUGCACUUGAACCACACAGCAACGCCCACCUCGAACAGUAAUUUCUUGGACUUAAAUAUACCACCGCACAACACAGGACUUGGUGGAAUUCCUAUAUCAGACAGCGGCAGUAAUGUGGCAAGUUUAAAUGUGAAAGAGUGGCAGGAUGGUCUACGGGCACUGUUACCAAAUAUUAACAUCAAUUUUGGGGGACUACCAAAUGCUGCUUCCUGCUCUUCAGUGAACCAUGCAGCAACAACCUCAGCCAACAGCACCAGCCUGAACUGGGAGAGUGGGAGUAGCUGGAUGGAUCCAGCAAUUAUAACAGGUGUCCCAGCAUCCACAGGGAACAGUUUAGAUGCUCUGCAAGAUGACAACCCUCCACAUUGGCUGAAGUCGCUCCAGGCGUUGACAGAAGUAGAUGGCCCCACGACAGCACAGACAGGCCACAGUAAUCCCUUCAACACACAGAUUCCCUUACACAGAGCUGGCUGGGCCCCUUACCCACCGCCCUCCAACCCAGGCAAUUUUCACUCUCCACCUCCAGGUUUCCAGACUACCUUCAGACCCCCCAACAAAACCCCCACAGAUCUACUACAGAGCUCUGCAUUGGAUCGUCACUAAGAAAAACUGAUUUACUCCCCUCUUCUCUUCCUUUCUUUCUCUCCUUCAAUACACAUAAUCUAAGUUCCUGAUCAGUGCCAGAUGCAAUGCAAUCGCAACGUGACGUUAGAAUUACCAGGAGAUUUUUUUUUCUGCUCACCAGCCUCUUGACAGCAUGCUCCUCCCUUGGGUGGGCUGCAAGUGACUCCUGCUGAUCGGUAACCAAUCCUCAAGACCCAUCUAGAAACAUUGAUCAGCUCAGCACUGACGGAAGCCCCCUCGGCUCACCGUGCUUGUAUCUCGUGCAAUAAUAAUUUACGCACUGUAAUGUCAAAGCUGCACAGUAAAACGAUUGAGUCACUUUCCAAAUUGAUACUUAGCCAAAUAAUUAACAGUGCUUUAGAGUUCACGGUCUGCAGGAGAAUGGCAUGUUGGAUAAGCAUUUCGAUUAGUGAUUAAAUGGGCAUGUAGCUGAGGAGUGGAUGAGUUGACUAAAACAAUUUGAUUUUUUAAUUUUGACUUUAGCUUAAAUAAUACAAGAAAUAUGUUUUUUAAAAAGCAUUCACAAAUUUAAUACCUAGACAACAAUAAAGAACUGCUGAACAGAGUGGUAUAUACUCAUUUCUUUAUCUGUCUUUCUGUGUCUGUCUCUCUUGACAUUUAAAAUCCACUGGAAAGGGAACUCUUUGAGGUAGCACUGCAUUUGGGGGCACUUCAUUCAUCAGGUGCGCACCUUGUUGAAACUGCCUGCUGCUUCACAUAAUCUGUAGGUUCUGGACAUGCAGUAUUUGAAGAGUGUGGUUAACCUUGACGCUAAAACUAAAAAUGUACCUAUUAAGAUUCAAGACUAAAUCUUAAAUAAAAAAAAUACUUGACCCGCC